UGUCACUGUGCUAUCCUCGGUUAUGUAUAUUCUAAUUUGAAAAUUUAUUGGAUGAUCAAUGGUAACGUAUGGAAAGACUAUGGAGUUACAUUGCCUGUAGCUACAAAUGUUGAUUAUGUUCCUACUAUAAAUAAGUCUCAUCACGGUAUAUGGAAAUGCAUCGUGGAACAAACUGACUUAAAAUUUAAAUGGACAACAAAUGUAAUCCGCGUGAAAGGUUUCGAAAAAGCUUGAUGCAACGACGGUGAAGAAAAAAUGUGCGAAGAAAAAUUUAACAGUGAAGAAAAAUAAUAGAGGAGAGAAAUUCUAUUAUUGGUAAUAUUUAGAAAGUCUCGGUGCGAAUAUGAGCUCUCUAUAAUCAGAAUAUCGAGGAAAUUUGUCGAUAGUUGCGCAUAUUGUUGAAUUCUUCAGUUAUAGUCGAAAAUGUAUAAGCGAAAUGAGACACCAAUGGGAAUCAAAUGAGAAGGAAGGAUAAAUGAGAGUAAAAAGAGCUUCGAGAAAGAGAGCACGAGGAUCUCUGUGCCUCUAGUGCGGGAAAGAUUUGCUUUACAGGGGAAGAAGUAACUGGUGGGGAGUGAGCAGUUGCCAGCAGAUUAGUAGAACAGACCUGAUGGAAGCACGAUGAAAACAGAGAAAAAGGUACGAUGAAGGCUAUUUUCUGGAAACAGUAGUAGGAGAGACAAGAACAGACAUUGUAAGAAGAUAGGGAACGUAGAAAAAGAGAGAGAGAAAGAAAAAGAAAGAGGAAAGAAGAGAAAAAGAAAGGAAGAAGGAGCGAAGGAAAGGGAGAAUAAAGAGCGACAGGUGCGCGGACAUCCACGUGGUUUCUUUGAAGCAUCGUCGCGAAUGGUGCAAGAGCGAAGAAGAAGAAGAAGAAGAAGAAGAAGACAACGAUGACAACAGCGACGAAGAUGACGAAGAAGACGAGGAGGAUUACCGGUCGGCUUCCUUAUGCCGGCUGAACAGAUCGGCACUCGCUCCACACUCAAGUUACCCUCACGCCAAGUGCAUGUGGUGGGGUGAACAUUACACUGGCGUAGAGUCUAUUUUGUUUGGAUAAAUCAUGAUUCUUCACACAUAAAUGUUCACAAAUGUAUCAGUUACUUAAAUGAAGAAUUAAAGACGUUACGAAGAAACUAAUAAUAGCUUGCCUCAUCUAUUUCUUAUACUUUUGUUCAUAGGAGAACAUUAUAAAUUUCUCAUAUAUCAUUCAUUCCAGGAUGUUGUUAACAGUGGCUCGAUCACAUGACAGCGAGCGGCUGAUGAAGAGUGGAGAAAUCCAGUCGAGGCCAGUCGAAUAUCCCUAAGGCUAUUUCCUACUACGCCGAUGAAAAAGAAUAAUAAUCACGACGAGAGCUCGGUGGGGCGAGUGGGAAUAGGUGGUUUCGAGAGGGGAAGGGCUCACCAUUCGGUAGCAAAUGCUGCUAACCCGUCGCAAGGUCAAGAUCAGUCGGUUAAUCCCGUCCAGUCGGCUGAGGGCCUUGCACCUUGCACAACGAAUGAUUCUAUUUCUCCGUUUGUUUGCAUUCUCGUAUAUACGUAUAUAUUCAAAAUAAUAAUUUACAAAGUGGAAGUACCGGUAUAGUGUGAUAAAUCCUUAAAAUACUUUUUUCCACGCGAGUCUCUGUUAUGGAAACUUGUGUAUUGAUACCUAGAGAAUUUUCCUUGGUCCUUACCAACGAUCAGUCAGCCUGCAAGAAUCUCUUCAAGAAUGAUUCAAGCAUAUUGGAUAUGAGAAUUUCGGUAUGGUCGAAUGUAUUUAUUCCAUCGGGAACCUUGAUUUAUCCGUUUCAAGGAUCAAUUAGAUUCGACAAAAUUGACCUUUAUUCUCUUCUUGAUGACAAUGAUAUCAGACGCGAAUAUGGUUGCUAUGACGAAGUCUUCUUCUCCAAUUAUAAUCUUAACAAGCGUCAAUGUAACUGGAUAAGAUUUCUCCGUAUCGUUCAAUCAUACGAUGAACAAGUUAAUUUGAUUGGUACAAAGGUAAAGGGCGAACCUAUAUUUGAAGUGAUAAAGAAUGUUCAACCGGACACGGAGCUGGUAGCUUGGUUUUUGCCAGUAACACAGCAGGAUAUCGUUAUCAUUUCGCAUGAUGUAUGCUCCAGAUCGGCAAUCUACAGGUGCACGAUCGAUUCUAUUUUAGACGAAUCCCCGCUGGAUCUUUCGAUGACAUUACUCGCUCAUCAUUCUUUGCCAGCGAUAUCACAUUCUUAUUACGAGCUGGAUGAAUAUGAAUCGACGUCUGAGGAAUCCACAUCAUCAACGCUGUCAUUGGCCGGUGAUCAUCUCGAUUGCAGUAUCCUGACAACGAUUAAGAGAGGAGAGAGGGUUUUAUUACCUUGUGAAGUCUGUGGCAAGUCCUUCGACCGGCCAUCUCUUCUAAAACGACAUAUGAGAACGCAUACAGGGGAAAAACCGCAUGUCUGCAUGGUGUGCAACAAGGGUUUUUCAACAUCGAGCUCGUUGAAUACGCAUAAGCGUAUCCAUAGCGGCGAAAAGCCUCAUCAGUGUCUUGUUUGCGGAAAAAAGUUUACAGCCUCAUCAAAUCUAUACUAUCAUAGGAUGACUCAUAUCAAGGAAAAACCACACAAGUGUUCGCAAUGUUCAAAAUCAUUUCCGACGCCGGGUGACCUGAAGAGUCACACGUAUGUGCAUAAUGGACUGUGGCCGUUUAGAUGUCACAUUUGCAGUCGCGGUUUCAGCAAACCAACCAAUUUGAAGAAUCACAUGUUGCUUCAUCUCGGUAGAUGCUCCAAUAAGAAAUAUAUUAAGUCUAUCUCUGACUUCUGACUGAGUGUUAAUGUGUUAUUUCAUAUAAAAGUUUAAAAAUUAUUGAUUUAUGUAUAUAUACAAAUAAUGUGCCAUUAUAUAUAUAUAUUGAUCAAACACGUAAUUUGAGAUAAAAGGACAAUUAGGAUAACUGUUCCUAUUAGUAUGCCUUUUUUUAAAUAUGCCAGAAAGAA